UUUAUUUCAAGAGUUAGCAUAUCAACAUAAUAGUUUUUCCGAGAUUCUGUUAACAAAGUCAUGUUGAAAUUCAAGGACAUUUUUAGUAGAAAAUGUUCGGUAAUAGGAAUGAUCCACGUUGGUGCCUUGCCAGGGACACCCUCUUACGCUGGAGAUAUUAAUAAACUUGUAUCAAAAGCUUGCAAAGAAGCUCAAAUUUACUUAAGCUACAACCUGGACGGUAUCCUGGUAGAAAACAUGCAUGAUAUACCGUACAUUCAGUCGCAUCAUUUUGGUCCAGAGGUGGGAGUCACUAUGUCUAGGGUAUGCAGCGAACUCAGGAAGGUAGUGCCUGACAAUGUUGCUUGUGGGGUGCAGGUUUUGUCGUGUGGCAAUAAGGAAGCAAUGGCUAUUGCAAAAGUUUGCUCGUUUGAUUUCAUUCGAGCCGAAGGAUACGUUUUCAGUCACAUUGGUGAUGAGGGUUUUGCAAACGCGAAUGCCGGAACUCUCUUGCGUUAUCGUAAGCAAAUUGGAGCCCAAAAUGUGCUAGUUUUUGCCGACAUAAAGAAAAAACAUAGCUCACAUGCUAUAACCAGUGAUGUAUCCUUAGAAGAUACUGCUAAGGCUGCAGAAUAUUUUUUGGCCGAUGGCUUGGUGCUUACAGGAACUUCUACCGGUGUUCCAGCAAGUACCCACGAAAUGCAAUCUCUAAAGAAGUGUGUGAAUUUACCAAUUAUAAUCGGGUCUGGAGUGACGAUUGAUAAUGUUGAUCACUAUUUAAGCGCUCACGCUCUGAUUGUUGGCUCUCAUUUUAAAGAAGGUGGCAAAUGGAAUAAUGAUAUAGACGAACAGAGGGUGGAGAAAUUUAUGCAGAAAUUGGUACAAUUGAAUAAAUAAU